CCGUAGGACAAUUUGGGCACCCAUCCAGACUGCCUGCUCAGACCUGUAGGACUAUUUGCGUUCACUGCCACCUCGAUUCCCCACUCCAACCACCCAGUCACCAUCCAGUGAUUGCAGCAGGACUUGGGUGCUCUUUAGUUGGAGGGGGUUCCGUCACUCUGCGGAGUCUGCCAGCCAUGAACUUCUGGGGAGAUAUUGUCAAUUUGAAGACCACCACAGCAGCCAAAGCUCCAUGUGUGGGGAACGAUGAUGAGGCGGUGGUGGACCUGGGGAAGACGAGCUCCACCAUUCACACCAACUUUGAGAAAGAGGAGCUAGAGAGUCACAGAGCGGUCUAUGUGGGUGUCCAUGUUCCUCUGGGCAGAGAGACCAAACGAAGGCACCACCGCCACCGCGGCCACAGACACCACCGCAAGAGGAGAGACCGCUCGGACCGCGAAGAUGGACGAGAGUCUCCUUCCUAUGACACCCCGUCCCAGCGGGUCCAUUUCAUCCUGGGGACAGAGGAUGAUGAUGAAGAGCACAUGCCCCACGACCUGUUCACUGAGCUGGACGAGCUGUUCUUCCGGGACGGACACGUCUACGAGUGGAGGGAGACAGCCAGGCACGACGUGGUUAAAGUUGAGGAAGACGUGGAGGAUGGAGGGGAGCGUUGGAGUAAGCCCUAUGUAGCCACGCUGUCUCUACACAGCCUCUUCGAGCUCCGCAGCUGCAUCUCAAGGCACUGUCAUGUUGGACAUGAGAGCUAA